UAGUGUGGAACAGAAAAGGAAUGGAGAGUAGCUGACAAUGUUAUAGAUAUCUUCUGUAAUGGGGCCUCCACUCCAUUAAAGUCUGCAUGAGCAUGACAUGCAGAAGCAGAAAAGAACUUUGAGGACAAUUACUUUUGUAUGUAUAAUGAACCUAGGUAACAAUAGUAGAAAGUGGAUAAAUCAUUAAUUACAAAACAUUGCUGAUUGCUUAUUUAAUGUGUCUUAGUUUAUUAAGAAUUGUAGUUGUGUUUGCCGGGGAGUUUUUGUCAACCUGUCAUCAUAUUCAUACUCAAAUUUCAUUGAAGCAAAAAGUUACAUUGAUACCAAAUCAAAGGUUUGUUUGAUGCAAGUGAUGGAAAUCUAGUACGGAAAAAUGUCAUCUGGGGAAGUGUCUCAAGAAAGGAACACCCAUAAAGAAGUGUUCUUCGGAGAAAUCUGUAGUUUCCUGAUUCGGUAUCAAGCCAUGUUCUUGCACAUGCAUUCGACAAGUCCAAGGCUUUGAGGUUGUAAAUAUUCUCGGAAAACAAACAGCUUUGCUAUCUCCAAGAGAAUCAGAUGCAGAUAAUGAAUAAUAUAAGGUUUCAUGUCAGAGAAAAAUAGAAGAAACAACUGGUUUGAACUUGAUCUUCCAAGAACCAGACAUCACCACACAUCACCCUUAUCAGGUUUGAUGAAAAAGAACUUGUUUUUUUUCUUUGGGGUUCUGAUCAUGAUCUUACGAGUCUUCUUGUCAUUGAAAAGCUAAAAAAUUUCCUCCUUAGCGAAUGAUCAUGGUGAAAGUAACAAAGCAACAGAUCUGUCACAAGCUGUGUUCAAACUUUUGCAGUUUGUUGUCACCAAUCCUUCUGGUUCUUGUCCUUCUAUUUUCACUUUUCAUUUUCUUUUCACUUUCUGAAUCCUCUCCUUCCCUUCUCACCCUACUGAUUGCUCUUCUAUCUACCAUGUUUCUUGUCACAAUGACAAAGAAAAAAGGGUUCUUACAUGAAAAUCUCGUCCAAGAUAACCAGAAGAAAUUGGAAGUAGAGCUUUCAUUAGGAGAUAUUACAACCCAACAAAGUGAAACUGCUCAGAACCAAGUUGAAGCAAAGUCAGAGUCCUCGUUUUUAUUAGAUAGUGAAAGCAGAAACAUCACUGAUAAAGGCUUUGAACUCAUUGCUGAGGAGUAUGAGCAACAAGCUGAUCCAAAAUCAGAUACUUCACUUCCAUCUGAUUCUGAAAGCAACACCAGCUCAACCAUGAGUGAAGAGAGUACUGAGAUUCGUCACUGUAGAAAUCAAAAUCUUGGUAUAUCUGAUAAAUUGGCGUUUGAUAGUGAUGAUUAUGAUGAGGAUGAGGAUGGCUUGAUUGAAAUCAAACUUCCAAACAACCACUUUUCAGAGUUGUGGCCAGAAUGUUUUUUCAAACAGCAAGGUUUCACAGAGCUCUUGGCAGAAAUUAAUGAGAUGAAUGAGGAUGAAAACCUAAUUGAGAUUGAUAUCUACAAGGGAUCCACAAAACACCAAGAUUUGAGAUUGGAGAAGGAGUUGGUUUGUUGAGGAAAUCGUUGUUUUCGAUUAAUACUAAUUUUUGUCUUGAAGUUUAGCAUAAUUUUGUUCUAUUUUGCCAAUCUAAUGUAUUAUUAUGGUCAGCAGAAUUCUUGAAACGAUGUUUUUUCUCUGGUU